AUGCGGGCGGGUCCCGCGGCGGCCAUACUACUGGCUGCUUGCCUCUCGGGUAUUUUGGGACAAUGUCAAGAUGCGCUGACGAUAUGUCCAACGCUUCAGCCGAUUUGUAUUGGGUCUAUCAUCUCAUACCAACUGUCCCAGAUUGCAAAUGUUGCUAAUAUGGUCGAGAACAGCUCCAUUCCAGUUUUGGAAGAAUCACUUCCCCUUAUCCGUGAUGUUCUCCCGAUCCUAACCUCUUCAAAUGGCGAAGACGCCUCUACCCCCAGCCCUGAUGAUCAAGCAAAACUGGAGCAAGAGCUAGAAAAUGCCCUCCCAUUGCUGCAAGAAUCACUUCCGCUAAUCCGGGAGAGCCUUCCAUUGUUGCGCGACUCUCUGCCAUUAAUCAGGACCCUUCUCGACCCACUCUAUGGUGUCGAUACACCACAGAACUGCCGGAAAAAGAAUAUUUGCAAGACCUGUAAGCAGUGUCCAGAGUUGCGACAGACUGUGCAGACGAUGGUUGAGUUUUUGUGUCCGUUGACGUGCAGGACAUGCAAUGAUUUGCCCUCCAUCGAUGACCUCGGCUCCCAACUUCUCAGCUAUUUCUCC